GAUAAAUCCGCGGUCACACAGGCGAAGAGGGCGCCGCUAAAGCGUUUCCGAGAAAAAAAAGUAUAAAAAUUAGCUGUUUUCUAGUGUAGCGUCGUGUGUCAGCAAUUGGUGAAAAGAAACUUCUGGCGCGCACUGCGACGUAGAUACAACACAUUCUUUGUGGCACUUUGACCAGUCUACGGAGACGCGAAAAGCGAAAGCACACGAAAGCGACGUUUUUUUUUUUUGGGCUGCGUAUAGAACAGGAUCAGGACAGCCAUGUCGCAGUCGGACAAGAUGCAGGAUCAGAACCCUCAGUAUGAGAAUGAGAACGAGGAGUUGUCUUCGGACAUGGAGGAGCCAGCCGAUGCUGUGGAGCGUGAGGGCCAGCAGGAGAGCAGCCAGGAUGAAAACUUCAAUGAUGACAGCAAUGGCAAUGGCAAUGAGCUCCAGCAGGGCGGGGACCAGCAGCAAGAGCAGGAGCAGCAGCAGCCCCAGGAAUCGUCCGGGGACGAGCAGAACAACCAUGGCAGCGAGGAGGCAGCAGGCCCUGCAGACCAACAACAGCAGCAGCAACAGGGUGGCAAUAACAACGCCGCCGCACCGCCGCAAGAGCAGGAGGAGCGCGUGAGCUCGACCAAUCUAAUAGUCAACUACUUACCACAGGAUAUGACGGACCGAGAGCUGUACGAGCUCUUUGCCAACUUCGGUGGCAUCAACACCUGCAAAAUCAUGCGCGACUUCAAGACUGGAUAUAGCUUCGGCUACGGCUUCGUCGACUACAGAACAGAGGCGGACACCGAAGAAGCUAUCGAUAAGCUGAACGGACUAUAUGUGCGCAACAAGCGAUUGAAGGUCUCGUAUGCUCGCCCCGGCGGCCAGUCCAUCAAGGACACCAACCUGUAUGUCAUCAAUCUACCACGCAAUAUCGACGAUGAUAUGCUCACCAGAACCUUCUCGCCGUUUGGCCAAAUUGUCCAACGAAACAUCUUGCGGGACAAACUCACCGGACGUCCGCGCGGCGUUGCCUUUGUACGCUUCAGUAAGCGCGAAGAGGCACAGGAUGCACUGAACACGCUGAACAAUACGGUGCCACUGGGUUGCACACAGCCGAUUUGGGUGCGUCUGGCCGAGGAACAUGGCAAGGCAAAGGCUGCACAGUUCAUGUCGCAGAUUGGCGGGCCGAUUGGUGGUGGUGUAGGUGGCGGUGGGGGAAUGGCUGGCCCACUGCAUAUUGGACAUCAGCCGCACCACCAUCACCACCAAAACAACAACAACCAGCACCACAACAACAACCAGCACCACAACAACAACCAGCACCACAACAACAACCAGCAUCAUCCACACAUGCAACAGCCGCACCAGCAACAGCUCCAGCAACACCAUCAUCCACCGCAUCACCACCAGCACCAUCAGCAACAACACCAUCCCCACCAGCCGCAUAACCACAACCACAGCCACAGUCACCACAACCACCAUAAUAUGGCCCACCAUCCGGCGGUGCACCAUAUGCAGCUGCACGGAGGAGUCCACGGAAUCAGCAUGGGGAUGGGGGGCAUGGGCGUGGGCGUAGGAAUGGGAGUGGGUGUGCAUAUGCAUGGUGGAGGUGGGGGCGGUGGAGGAGCGGGUGUCGGUGGCGGUGGCGGCUACCAGCAUAUGGCGCAUAGAGGUAGAUCAAAUAGAACACGAUCUCAAAAACUGCAUCCAUAUAACAAUCAUGCACAGAAAUUUAUUUAAAACACACAAAAAAAUUAAUUUCUUUACACCAAUAUUAGCUGCAUCUCACAGGUGAAGUGGUCAUGCUGCCAUUGCCACAUUGCAGCCACUCCAGCAGGCAGCCGUGCAAUGGCAGCAGCAAAUUCCGCAUCCGAAUCCUCAACCGCAACCGCAGUCGCGUCCACAUCCACAGCCACCACAGUCUCACCAGCCAUCAUACCAGCCACAACAACAACAUCUGCUACCAACAACAACAACAACAACACACAUGUCCACCAUCUCCGCCAGUCAGCAACCCCCCAACCAGCCGCAGCAGUCUCGCGCGAUCACCAGCAACAAUAUGAAUAGUUACAGCCAGCAGCAGUCACAGCAGCAACAGACCAACAUUCAGAUACCCAGCCAGUCGGCCUACUAUGCGCCUGCUUACUUUGUUCCUACCUAUCAGACAGCAGCAGGAUCAGGAGCAGCCACACCGGCAGAAGCAGGAGCAGCAGCAGCAGCUG